AUGGCGUUGCCUAGCGAGGCAGAUCAGAGAGCUGAAGUUGCCAAGAUGGAUUCCGACUUGCAAUAUGUGCUUCAGGAAGCCAGUGCGUCACUGGCCACGCAAUGUCAGGUUGCACGGCUCCAUCAGAGUCGUAGGCGAUUCCAGGCGAUCGCCGAUAACCGCGAAGGUGCCAGGACAGCUGCACGUGACUUCGGGAUUAAUCCCGAUACGCCUGCGGGCCGUGUUGAGGUGGCCGCUAUAGUAGCUGCAUGGGAACUUGCAAAGGAGUAUGCGAGUAAAGAAGUCGAGCUUCGUGCGGAGGCGAAGGUGUUAGGCCAUAGGAGGAUCUUGCAAGUGCAGGAACGCCAAGCUAUGUUGAAAGCGGUGACGGAUGCAUACGGGAAGAUGAAUGAAAGCGAGACGCCAAGUGCGGAGUACUUGGCAACCAAGGCCGAAGAAUGCGAGAGCAACGAGCCCCUUGCGAGUUCACUUGAUCGUAUCUCUUCAAAGAAAGACUCGCAGGUGGAGAGCCUCCAGACUAGCAUUGAUCCCACCGGGCACGUUCGUGUAACAAAGACAAUGCAGAAGUUGGAAAUGCCGCAUCACUCGGAAGGCUACCGACGUUUGAUGAAGGUGGAAGCUCAUGCAUGGCUCUGCAUGAGUGCACGGUUCAAGGCAAAGGCGUGGUUGCAAGGGCUUCAGCUGGAAGAUUUUACUAAGUUUGUCGAAUACAUCUUGGGAGAUCGUGUUGGCAACUUGAAGUUGCCCACAGCUUCUGGACAGGAGACGCAGUUCAACCGGCCGCCAUGGAACAUCGUCUUGAGUUAUGAAUAUAAGUUGAGGGUUGAAGCUUUCAAAAUGAUCCUGGAAGGAACCGCCACCAUGCCAGAGGCACUUCGGGCAGUGCGUGAGGAUCCAUCUUUGAAAGAGGCUUACUUUACAACGCCGCUGGCCUUGCACACAGCUGGUACACCGAGUAAGUUUCGGAAGGGCAAUAGCAAAGGAAAGGAUAAGACGCAAGGGCAAGAGAUACCGCUGCCACCCACACCACAUCAGAACGGACGCCAACCUGUGGCAUCAAGGGUGGUACAUGUCAUUGCAGAUCCUGCUGAGCGCUUUGAUUGGAAACCGCAUCUCAGCAAUAGCAUGUCGCAGCCAGAAUUCAUUGCGUUUGGGUUUGAUGCAAACAACAUGUUUUGUGGUGACGCUUGGGAUCAGUUGUUUGAGCUUGUGAAACAACCGAAAACCGUGAUCUUGAUUUCGCCACCCUAUGAUACUUUUAGUCGGGCGAGGCAUAAGCAACCUGGGCCCACUCCACUUCGCAGUGAUAAGUGGCCCAGAGGUUUUCCAUGGCUUAAGGAUUCGUCUAUGCAGAAGGUGACUUCUGCCAAUCAUUUUGUCGACCAGUGUUCGAAAGCAACAGUUUUCGCGGCCGAGGCUGGCAAUUUCUUUAUGUGGGAGGCGCCGGAACACUUGGGCCGCACUGCGGACGGCCUCGUGCCGAGCUCCAUUUGGGCUUGGCCUGAAUUACUUGACUGCAUACCGCGUUUUGCUGCCACGACCUUUGUGCAUUACUUGUGUGAGUUCGGGGCGGACAUGGCAAAACCAACACGUUACUUGAGCAAUCUGCCCUUCUUUCGUCACUCGCCGCGGCCUUUCAAUGGGAUGCCGGUGUUGGAUGCUGAUCAGCGCUACGUCGGGCCGCUGCCCGCGUCGUGCCCUCAUGGGGGUCAUGCACCUAGCACCGGCAAAUCGCAGGCUACGCAAAAGUGGAACUUGCCGCGGGCCCGCGGAUGGCCCCUUCAGCUGUGUCAAUUUAUGGUAGCAGCCAUCGACUUCUCGCUGCAAGCAGAUGGGGAGUGCAAAUCCUCUAAGUCGAAGGUUCCUGAUAAGGUAGUCAAGGUCCCCGUAGGGUACGGUGCACGCCCUAAGGAUCCACCCUUGCCCUGCGUUUCAGGUUCUUUGCCUUCAGGUUGCAGUACCGCGGCUGCUCCUCCUUCCCGCUCAGGUUGUAGUUCCCCUAGGGCCUCGGCGGUUCCUCCUUCCCUUUCUGGUUGUAGUCCCCCCGCACACCCUUUGAAGUCCUUGGGCGAUCCCGAGAGUGCAGCAUCAAAGCUCCUGGCAACGCCAGGGCUGCUAGAACGUCGUCGUGUGUUAGAGCUAUUUGACAUGCUGCCCCGCGAGGAGCCGCCUAGGGAGUCGACUUCAGCUACACCGGGCAGUUCUUUCGCAACGGGUGCAUAUUGCAAGGGUGGCUUAGUCGGUUUGAGGCAUCAUUCCACUGUGCUGCCGAAGUCUACACAGGUUCUAACAAGGUACUUGCAGCAGGUUGCACCGGGCUUUCAAGCAUCAGCUAUUGCGAUCUUCGAUGAUGUCAGGACGGGGGUCCACCGUGAUGCCCGGAAUGCGCACUAUCCGUACAUGGUAGUGCCGUUGUCGGAUUUUGAAGAUGGCCAAAUCUGGUUGGAACAGCAAGGAGGCGAUGUAUGGGAGACAACACCAGAAGGGCGGAGACCUGGCGUCCACUUGGAGGUUUGCAAGGGCCCUGUAAGCUUCGAUGCAUGGCGGUCAUACCAUGCUACGCGAUCGUGGAAGGGCCGUCGGGUGGUGAUGGUUGCAUACAUGACCGAUAAGCUUGGCAAUGUCGAGGCCACCGACCUCGCCCACCUUAAGUCCCUGGGGUUUAAGAUACCACUUGACUUGGAUGCAUCAAAUUGUGAGACUUCAGAGGUUCUGGAUACUGCCGAGGGCCUAAGCACAGGAGACACAGCACCACCAGUGCCAUUCAGACCAGAGGCAUGUGGGAACCGCGGCAACCCCAUUCGUGUUGAGUGGGAAGGACAAGAGGCUGACAUGACAGACGGGUUUGGGUUGUGUUCCCCGGCGCGGUGGAGGCCGAUGGACCGGGGGCAUCGCCUGGGCCCAGCGGCUACUGCACAUGCGCAAUCCAUUUACCGGAUGCUUACGAACUUCAUUUCCGAGCAUGUUCCUGAUCCCCGUCGCUUCUGCUUGAGCCUACUUUCAGGUAAGGUCGAAUCAUCUCCAUUCGCCGGGGAGAAGUUGGAAGCUCUGCGUAAGCAGUGGGCAGAAGUACUUGGUGCAGAGAACAAUCCCGACGUGCUCGAGAUCCCAGAUGCGCAGCCCUUCUUGCUCAGGGCCUUGUCGCUUUCGGCUGAAAGGCUUGAGGACCCAGACUGGCAGAUUUUAACGGAGGGAGAGAUUCCCUUGGCCGCAACCGCGGACGUGAGUGCUGCACAUAGGUUGGUCUUGCAUCGGAAGAGCGAUUGGGCCUUGAUGUCAUGCAGGGCAGAGCAAGGGUCCGACACGAUUUGGAUCAAUAAAGUAGGAACGUUCGGGCUUAGCCCAGCCUCGUUUUGGUGGAGCAGGUUGUAUGGAAUCAUAGGCAGAGUGGUCACCCGUUGCCUACUGCAGCACGCCUUUUACCACUUCGCUUAUGUGGACGACGUGCAUCCCACGUUUUAUGGGAAGCGGAUGUACAUCAACUUCUUGGUUUGGUUAAUCCUUCAAGAAAUGAUAGGGGUGCCUUUCGCUUACCAUAAGUUCAAGGGAAAGACGCUGGUUGCAUUCAUUGGCUACGAGCUUGACUACGGUGCCAGGCUUGUGGGCCUCAGCGAAGCCCGAGGCGCUUGGGUGUGCAACUGGGUCGAUGAGGCACGGAAAGCGCGCUUUGUCGUUUCAGUUAGGAAGUUUGCGGAGUUUCUUGGGAGACUUGGUUUCGUGUCCAGGGUCGUGUACUGGAUCAAACCACACUUGGCCCCCUUGUAUGCUUGGUCAGCUGCAGCUUCGAAGAGCCAUGUUGCAAAAAUGCCGGACACUGUCAUCUUGACUUUGCUUUACUUGGAGGCAACGCUUAAAGACUUAAAGACAUCAACUUCAAAGUCGCACCGGGUCGACAACGGGAAGAGACAGGGCAUCUCUUUCACACGGACGCUAAAUGCGAUGAUGGUUAUGUCGUCUUAG